AUGGCCACACCGUUCGCGCUGGACGCCGACUUCGAGGCAUGCCUGAAAGCCAACGGGCUCGAAGAGUUCGUUGGCGGACCCCCGCUCCCGCCCGGCGACGUCGAUCAGCGCCGGAAACGGCUUAAGAACUUAUCGUCGCGAAGACCGCGUCCUACCGUCGACACGAGCGGCGUUGACGUCUCCGACCACUACACUUCCAGCGAGGACGGCCACCGCGUCCUGUUAAGGUGGUACUGUCCUCGUAGUACGGCAGUUAACGGAUCGCACACGGCCACUUUAUCAUCGUCGUCGUCGCCAGCCGUGAUUUACAUCCACGGCGGCGGGUUAAUCUGCAGCACGAUUAACGACUACGACGUCCUCGUCGCAUCGCUCGUGUCAAUGACACGGACCCCAUUCCUCGCCGUCGAGUACCGCCUGGCCCCGGAGCACCGGUACCCCGCCGCCCUGCACGACGUGUACGCCGCUCUGGCGUGGCUGCACGCUCGCGCGCACGACCUGCACGUCGACCGGACCCGGAUCGCGAUCAUGGGGAGCAGUGCGGGCGCGGGACUCGGGGCGGCCACGGCGAUAUUGGCACGCCGUCGUGGAGGAGGGCUGUCCAUCGCGAAACAGAUCUUCACGGCGCCGAUGAUCGACUGUCGCAACGUCGGGCGACAUGAUCCGAGGCUGGCACCGCUGCUGUCGUGGAACCACGUGGACAAUGCGACGGGGUGGUCGUCGUAUCUCGGCCACGAGGUACUCGACGGCCACGAGGAGGGCGAUGGCAUCCCGGACACCGCGUCCCCGUCCCGACUCGUCUCGGCCGAGGGCAUGCCUGCAUUAUACCUGGAAGUCGGGAGUCUCGACAUGUUCGUGCAGGAAGGGAUCGAGUACGCGUCGAAGCACGUGCGAGCCGGGGUCCCCGUCGAAUUACAUGUCUAUCCCGGUCUACCGCAUUCGUACGAUUCCCUCGGCGGCCAGUGCCAGCUGGCGCGGAUGGCAAAGGUACAUCGACUCAGGGCCAUUACUUCUCUGCGAGGAGAAUAA